AUGAAUAUCAUUAGUGAGGCUUCUGAUCUCGAGAGAGAACUAAAGAAGCAAGAACUGGAAAAAAGGAAAGCAGAUAGCCCCGAAAAAUCAGCCGAAUUAGUCGAAGAAACUGAAUUUUUACGGAACAGCCUCAAAGACGUUUAUGAAGACAUUCUUUUAAGCGAUCUCAAGUUCGCCAACGAGCAUAAUAUCGAAGAAAGACUUUGGAGAUACGUCUUUUAUAAUUAUAUUGAGGAAUUGAGGCAAAAAUUACGCCGGAUCGAUAAGAGUGAGAAAUCUGACGAAUACCAAGCUGUUUAUCUUGAAUUAUGCCGCUACCUAGACUUGGGGACUGGAUUUUACCAUACCAUCAUUAAUAGCUUAAAAAUUCGUGAAAAUAUAGAUUUGGAUCGAGUUGGAAUUGAAAUUUUUAAGAAUACUAUCACCACUUCGCCUCCUGCUCCACGUUCUGCUUCUAAAUUACGCAGAAAAGAGCUCACUGCUGAAUCUAUUCAACGAUGUCUCAUUCGUCUUGGUGAUUUUGCUCGAUAUCGUGAGACUCUACUUGGGUCUGAUAUGAGGCGAUGGGAAUUCUCUAAACAAUUUUACAUGAAAGCUGCAAGAGUCUACUGUGAAGAUGGAAAAGCCCAAGCUCAAUUGGCUCUUCUUUCUAUGAUUCGAAAUAACGAUUUGGAUGUUGUCUAUUGGUAUUGUUUCAGUCUUGCAACCAAGCAGCCACCAGGUAUAUCUGCUGAUAAUUUAAAAAUAUUUUAUACAAAAUUUUCCCAACGAACUCGGCAAAGUAACUUGAACACGAAUGUCUUGGAUUUUGAGAGAAAGUUUUUAAUUACUCAUCGUUAUCUUUUCGAGAAAGAUGUUGAAAAAAAUAAUGAUCCAAUUUGUCCAUUUAUUGUCCUCCCAAGACGACAGUCUUCAAAAUCUGGGUUCAUUAUUGAAAAAGAUUAUAUUUAUUCUUAUUUUUACGGUUUGGGAUUUACGAAAUUGGACAGUCGAACCACUGAGCUUCGAAAUAUAGAAUCCAUGACUAUAGGGUUAGGUUUUGGGUUUUUGGUUCCUGUAAUAGAGAACAUCAACCUGGCAUGGGAUUCUGAGGAUGGCUCAAAUUCAACUGUAUUAGAAUGUUUACCUGCUGUUUCUAUAUGGUGCCAAUAUCUGGGAACAUUAAUGGAUCUUUUAAGUCAGUUGUAUAGCUACUCGAAAUCUAUUGAGAAAGAAAAUGAAAGGAUAGCAGGAAUAUUUUUAACGAAUAUGAGGAAUUUUUUCAAGUCAUUUGUCAGUAUUCUCAACAACUCAAAGAUUUGUGAUUUAUUGGGCGCGAAUCAUGACCCUGCAGAAUUGGCAAGACAUUUCAUUUUUGAGGAUAUGGAAUUUUUAGGAAAAAAAGAACGUCAACAACGUAUAAUGAAAUUAAUGGCACAACAACGUUUAAAAGAUGAAAUCGACACAAUGGAAAACAAACUGCAAAAGUUUGGAGUUUCUACUCAUCGGUCUAAUAUUAGUCCCAACCAUAUUCCUAUGGUUCUUCCUGAGAGUACUGUAUCGAAACCUAAAGUUUCGCAAAAACAAUGCGUUGUUGAUGUUAGCGUUAUUCUCAACCAUUUGAACUCGGUUAAAAAUUGGGUUGCAGAUGAAAAGUGCACAGUGAUUGUACCUUUAGAUGUUAUCGAUUCCUUAGAUCUGAUCAAAAAGGGUAAUAAUCAAGAAAAUGUGCGAGCACGAGAAGCAAUUCGAUUUUUGGACCAAAUUGGUAGUCAACGGAACCAUGAACAAUUUAUCCGUGCGCAGAGGGAGAAUGAAAAAUUAUCCCAUUGGACAUCUGCGGAAGAAUUUCUUGUUGAAGAAAGUUUCCGACAGAACUCUUUACAUGUUUACCAAAAUGAAAAAAUAGAAAAUUCUAUCACGGAUGAAAAGCCUAUAACUGAUAUUCCACAAGAAUUUCGUCCUAUAUUAAGUUGUUGGCUUUACUUUGCACGUUUAGCGAAUAUUGAUGAUAUAUUAUUUGUGACUGAAAAUCAAGAAUUAACGAAAUAUGCAAAAAUGUUUGGUGUUCCAGUUGUUGGUGUUGGAAAUAUUUAA